ACGCGCGUGCGGCGCGACAUCGGGUCGAACAAGGGACGGGGAAAGGAAGAGCAGAGUGUUUAUCUUCACCUUCGUGUUGCUUACCUUUUAGUGCAGAAUUGUGCGCGAUGUAUUUUCCGAAAAACUGCUAACUAAAUCAUAUCUACGUACAUAGGCUAUUUUUUUUAAUAGAUACGACGUUAGAAAUCGACGUUGAAUUUAAAUAGGAUUGAAGUUGCACCGAUUUUUGGAGAAAUCUCAUCGUCCGGUUCUCAAAGUUUAAUAAUAAUAUAAUAAUAAUAAACAUAUAAGAAGAUCACGCAAGAGGAAUAUUCACGUGGAGCAGGCACGCAUUGAUUUCCCUUUUUUUUGCUCGAGCUCGAAUGGAGCAGCACGCAGAGGCGCGAGGCUGCACCGGUCACGGAUCGCGAUCCAGGUGUUCCGAGCUCCUGCACAACGAGCACUGCAUGCAUUUGUCCAUUCAGUCGACGACAGGCACCCGCUUUGAACUGUCUCUCCCCGCCGAGGAGACGGUAGAGGGGCUGAAGAGGAGGCUUUCACAAAAGCUCCGAGUGUCCAAAGACAGGCUCGCGCUUCUGCACAAAGACACGAGGCUAAGCUCAGGCCGACUCCAGGAUUUUGGGGUUACGGACGGGACUAAGUUGACCCUGGUGCCCUCGGUGGAGGCAGGAUUAAUGUCUCAGGUCUCCAAACCAGAGCAGUCCAUCAUGCAGGCGCUGGAGAGCCUGACAGAAACUCAGGUUGGUGACUUCCUAUCAGGCCGCUCUCCGCUGACGCUUGCCCUUCGUGUUGGGGAUCACAUGAUGUUCGUGCAGCUGCAACUGGCCGCGCAAAACUCCGGGGUCCAGCAGUGCAACACUAGGGGUCCUUCGAGCACACCUAGGAACCCUGCAAUGCCCUGUGGGGGAAGCAGUCAGCGCCCACAUACUCCACAUACUCCAACCACUGCCCACAACAACCAGAGGGCAUCAGCUGGACACCAUGCCCACCACGCCCACCACACCCAACAUUCUUACCUCUCACCCCCCUCCAGUCCUACACUUUCCCCAGGCUCUGUCCAUUAUCCUCACCUGCCCACAGGUGCCUGUAGCCCAGCCCCCAGAGCAGCCACGCCUUUCCAACAGGCUGAGUGUGGGUCUUCAAGUGUAAGCGGGAGCAGCAGCUCAUGGCCAAGUCGUAAACCAGGAGCGGUGAUAGAGAGCUUUGUGAAUCACGCUCCUGGGGUUUUCUCUGGAACCUUCUCAGGCACCCUUCACCCGAACUGUCAGGACAGCAGUGGGCGUCCCCGCCGUGACAUUAGCACCAUCCUGCAGAUCCUCAAUGACCUACUGAGUGCCACGCGUCACUACCCGGGCACACCUCCCACCUUGGCCCAACUCCGCUGCCAUACUCAGACACCUGUGUCUCCCCCAGCAACACCACCCGCUUCACCGUGCCCACCUCCCUCACCCACUGUCAUGGAGCUUCCAUCAGCACCUGUGUCACCAUUAUCAUCCUCACCUACCUCAGACAGACCGGCACUGAGCCACAGCCGCAUCGGCAAACUGCUGGGAGAGCCCUCCAGGCAGACCGAGAACAGGUUGACGCGCUGUAAGGUGGAACGUUUGCAGUUGUUGCUGCAGCAGAGGAGGCUCCGCAGGCGGGCGAGGAGAGAGCCCCGGGCCCCCUAUCACUGGCUGAGCGAGCGCAAAGCCACCCGAAGCCACAGCAACAGCAGCCUGAGCAGCGACGGCUCCAUCGACCUGGACUACGACGAGGCGCUCUGGAAGAACGAGGUCCAGGCCGACAUCGGCUCCGAGUACGUUGUGGCCUGAACGAGCAGCUCAAAGAAAGAAAGAAAGAAAGAAAGAAAGAAAGAAAGAAAGAAAGAAAGAACGAAAGAAAGAACGAAAGAAAGAAAGAAAGAAAGAAAGAAAGAAAGAAAGAAAGAAAGAAAGAAAGAAAGGAGGAUGAGAGAAUGAGAAGUGGCUGAAAGAGAAAGGGGUCGAUUUUAGCGUUUGAAACACAAAAUUGCAUUUGGAAGAGAAACUCACCUUCUACAGCAUGAAGCGAACCAAGUGAGCGUCUCUCUGUACUCCGGAUACACGAGACAUCCUCGAUUCAGUGGUUCAAACCGGUCAUUCGGACACUUUUUCACCCGAUUUGCUCACUUGACCGUCUUAACAUGGUGGUGGUUUGAGUUGCUGUUGUUACGAAAUGCGUCAUGUAGCAUUAUGAAGCAAGAAAUUCAGGUGUUUCUCUCUGGUUUAUUACAUUUUGCACACUUCUUGACCUGUGAGCAUUAAGGUUUUUUUUUUUUGUUUUGUUUUUAACUCACAUUGAAAACGUCACAUUCCCGAAAGCAUUUAUUACAGACACAUUCUCCGCUCGUUCACACUUCUGUACCUGUAUCCACUGGUUAAAGUAUUAAGGUCGUAUCACAGUGCCUCUGUUUACCACUUAUUGUGUCAAAAGUCUGGAACACAUCGGGGGUUGUUUAAUUUUUUUUUUUCCCCUUUCGUUUUGUUUUGCUGCUACGAAGGAUGACGCGUGAAAGCGAGGAGUCUUGUCCGGUCAUCCGUCUCAUUUUAACUAGGACCUGAUUGUGCAGAAAGUUCUGCAUGCUUCUCGAACGUACGAGGACCUGAUAAGCGGGGUCGUUCGCAGUUUGGCUCUGUAGCACCGUUUUACAAGCUGAUUUUAAAAGAGACUUGUGUAGUAUUUUAGGUUUAUGUCACCUGCUGUUCCACAUAGGAGACGAAGAGUUACAUCGGACAUCUUUUACACUAUGGACCAUCGCUGGCUCAACAUUUAUUUGAUUGAGAAAACUGGAAAUGAGAUAUAUUGACGUAUAUGGAUGGACCUUGUGUACAGUGGCCUUAACUAUCUUUAGGAAAAAAAAAAAAAAAGUGCAGGCACUGGAAACUCUGGAUCCUUGGUGUGUAUCGUGAUUUUCUUUUCUUUUUAAUAAAAAAAAAAAAACUAAGGACACACCAUUAGAGCAUUAGUGUAAGGCUCCCGUGCCUCAACAACGUGCCUGAGACAAACGGAACAAAGACGUUUCUUUCCUCGUCUGAUAAAUUCGCUCAGACUUCUCGGCUGAGAAACGGAGAUGAACGAAUACUUGCUCUGUUUUGUUUUUGUUUUCUGUUGUUAUUUUUUCCAAUCAUGAUGUAACGUCUGUCCUGUGUAUCCUUUGUGCAUCUUCCGUCUUGUGUACAUCCUGUCUUUCAUCCUUGAAACCGGAAUCUCCGUAAAUAUUUAGAUAUAUAUUCAAACGUAUGAGAAAAAAAAAAAAAGAGGAACAGGUCCAAAUAUACAAAUAUCACCCUGUAAACAUACUCAUAAAAUGUCACAAAGUGUACGUCUUCUGUUUCAGCACCAAGUUCCCCAAAAUAUUGUUACCUGGAUGCAUGGGAUAUGAUAUAAUUUAUUUAAGGAAUAUACGAGUAGUUCGUAAGGAAAUAUACGCAUUUGGUUGGUUUUUAAAGUCGACGAUAGUAGGGUUUUUGUUUUGUUUUUUUUGUUCUUUGUUUCUGUCAACGCUGCGUUUUUCGUUGCCCGUACCGUCUUGUGAUCUCACAGGUGAGGAGCCUCUGCUUGUGUAGCACAUUUUUUAAUAACUGUUUUUAAUUUAUAAAGCCGAUCUCGCAACUGUGAAGAAACGUUUUUCUUGUCACCUCGUUUGCGUGUUUGUUUUUUUUUUGUUGUCGUUGUUGCCGUUGUUGUUGUUGUUUUUUCCUCUUUAUUUCCAAUUUUUUUUUGUGUAUUUUGUCAACAAAACAAAAAAAAAAGAAACCUGGUAUUGUAAAAGAGGGAAGCAACUAAAACAACUGAUUUUUCUUUGUUCAUAAGCAAUACAUUUCAUUGUGGCUUGCUGUAGACAUUUUUUUUUUUCCUCUCUUUAGGUAAUAAAUUUUAAUUUUAAUUCCAAAA